AUGGGCAAGAAGCGCGUGCUAGUUAGCUACGGCGUUGACAUUGAUGCUGUCGCUGGCUGGCUGGGGAGCUACAAAGGAGAAGAUUCGACCAGCGACAUCAGCAGAGGGCUCUGGGCCGGCCAUGUGGGCACUCCACGAUUGCUAAAGCUCUUCGAAAAAUACAACAUCAAAGGAACCUGGUUCAUUCCUGGACACUCCCUCGAGACCUUCCCGAAAGAGUGCGAGAUGGUCCGCGACGCUGGACACGAGAUCGGCCUCCACGGAUACUCGCACGAGAAUCCGGUCGACAUGAGUCUCGAGCAACAGCGGGACGUACUGGACUACUCGUACAAGAUGUUGACAAAGUUCUGCGGGAAGCCACCGCGAGGGAUUGUGGCGCCGUGGUGGGAAGUCAGCAAGGAGGGCGCAAACUUACUGCUCGAAUACGGCAUCGAGUACGACCACAGCAUGAACCAUGAAGAUCAUACGCCCUACUAUCUGCGCACGGGGGAUGAGUGGACGAAGAUUGACUACAGCAAGAAAGCAUCCGACUGGAUGCAUCCCCUAAAGCCGGGACAAGUCACUGGCUUAGUAGAGAUACCUGGCAAUUGGUACCUUGAUGAUCUGCCGCCAAUGAUGUACAUGAAGAAGGUGCCGAACAGCCACGGUUUCAUCAAUCCAAGGGAUAUCGAGCAGAUCUGGAUGGAUCACUUCGAUUACUUCUACAGAGAGUAUGACGAGUUCUCGUUCCCGAUGACGAUCCAUCCGGAUGUGAGUGGGCGGCCGCAUGUGCUUCUUAUGCAUGAGAGGAUCAUCGAACACAUCAACAAGCACGAAGGCGUUGAGUGGGUGACGAUGGAACAGAUGUGCGACGAAUUCAAGAGCAAGAACAAACCGCCCGAGGGCGCGCCGCUGCCCGCACCUGCUGGUGAGAUACUGAAGAAGCAAGAGGGCAAAGCAUAG